AUGGUCAUCGACAAGAUUGUCUCCGAACCUAGCCUUGUAGCCGUGCUAGAAAUUUCGGACCAGGCGCGCGACCAAGCACAUGCUCUCCUCGGCCUAAUCGACCAACAGAGCGAUGCUCCCCCUUCCGCUGACACGCACGCAGAGAUUGCCAAGCAGCAAAAGCAUCUGCUCACAAGCAUCUCGCACCUUCGCGGUUUACAUCGAAAUGCCUGCAUAUCUGCUCGCGAGACCAAAGCCCAAACCGCCGAGGCACGGCAAGAAGUCGAUCGCCUGCAUCUUCAACUGCAGAAUCUUUACUACGAGCAGCGUCACUUGCAAGGCGAGAUCACGGCCUGCGAAUCAUACGACCACAAGUACCAACAGUUGCCCUUGAUCCCUGUCGACGAAUUCCUUUCGCAGCACCCCGAGCAUGCCGGACAUGACGACAACGAAUUGAUGGUUGCCAGGAUUGAUCACGAGCGGACAGAACGAGAGGGGCUGGAGCAGCAACGCCAGGAACUUUUAAAACGCAAGCAGAAGCUCAUCGCCGAGAACAAGAGGCGCAAAGAUGAUUUGGCAAAUCUGGAUCAAGACCUCGAAAAAUUCAUUGACGCUGCAAAACCCAUCCUGGAGUUGUUUGAAAAAGCACCCUGA